CACCUGCGGCCGGCGGCGCGGUCAGUGGCGGCGCCGAGGAGAGUGGCUACCGCCAUGAUCGAGCAGCCGAAGCGCAAGGGCCCGGAGCUACCACUGGUUCCCGUCAAGCGGCCGCGGCAUGAGUUGCUGUUGGGAGCGGCGGGGUCCGGCCCCGGAGCCGGACAGCAGCAGGCAACUCCGGGAGCUUUGCUGCAGGCGGGACCUCCCAGAUGUUCCUCCCUUCAAGCCCCAAUCAUGUUGCUCUCGGGACACGAAGGAGAAGUGUACUGCUGCAAGUUUCACCCCAAUGGAUCCACCUUGGCAUCUUCAGGAUUUGACCGACUCAUACUAUUGUGGAAUGUCUAUGGUGACUGUGAUAACUAUGCUACAUUGAAGGGACAUAGUGGAGCGGUGAUGGAACUGCAUUAUAACACAGAUGGCAGCAUGCUCUUCUCAGCAUCAACAGAUAAAACUGUGGCCGUGUGGGAUAGUGAAACGGGCGAGAGGGUUAAAAGGCUGAAGGGACAUACUUCCUUUGUGAACUCCUGUUAUCCAGCCAGGCGGGGCCCCCAGCUUGUCUGCACUGGCAGCGACGAUGGUACAGUUAAGGUUUCUCUAUAUAGCUCUGGUUGUCCUGGAACUCCCUCUGUGGACCAGGCUGGCCUCAUGAGCCGCCACCACCUGGUAUACUUUCUUAAUCUUUGGGACAUCCGGAAGAAAGCAGCUAUCCAGACAUUUCAGAACACAUACCAGGUGUUAGCUGUCACCUUCAAUGACACAAGCGAUCAGAUUAUCUCUGGUGGAAUAGACAAUGAUAUUAAGGUUUGGGACCUGCGUCAAAACAAAUUAACCUACACCAUGAGAGGCCAUGCAGAUUCCGUAACUGGCUUGAGUUUAAGCUCUGAGGGAUCUUAUCUCUUGUCCAAUGCAAUGGACAAUACAGUGCGUGUCUGGGAUGUCCGGCCCUUUGCUCCCAAAGAGAGAUGCGUGAAGAUAUUUCAAGGAAAUGUGCACAACUUUGAGAAGAACCUCCUGCGGUGUUCUUGGUCACCUGAUGGAAGCAAGAUAGCUGCUGGUUCAGCAGACAGGUUUGUGUACGUGUGGGACACCACAAGCAGAAGGAUCCUGUAUAAGCUGCCUGGCCAUGCUGGCUCCAUCAAUGAAGUGGCUUUCCACCCUGACGAGCCCAUCAUCCUCUCAGCAUCCAGUGACAAGAGGCUGUACAUGGGUGAGAUUCAGUGAAGAUGUAGGCUGGAAGGCUCCCAGGCUGUGGGACCUGAGGCUCAGACUACAUGAUUGGCCAGAGUCAUAUGGUGUCCAGGCUGACCUGCCUUCAGAUGACCGUCACUAGCAAGUAGCUGGAGGUGAUGGCCAUACUCCAGCAACCACUUGUACCCCAUUUACAGGACAGCUGUGGCCUCUGGUACCACCUGCCAGAUUUCAGGGAUUGGUUUCUUUUUACAAAAAUAAGAUGUCUUCAGAGGGACAAACAUUGGGUUUGAGGUCUCCUGUUUUUUAACCUAUGCUGGAGACAAACGAUGUCACUUGAAAUUUGUUAGUUGGAUUUGUUUUCUGUUUUAUUUUAAAUUGAGUAACUGGCUUGUAUGAUAUUUUUCUUUCUGUGUUUGAGUCAUUUUAUAUUAAAAAUCCAAACAGAUACCUUUUUACAAGAACCUUGUGGCUUAGAUUUCUUAUUUCUUGCUGUCUUUCCUCUGAGGCUUGAUUGCUGUAAGUUAGAGCAAGCAUCCAUUUACACUUCAGAGAUGCUGUUUACUUGGAGGACCCCCCCCCCCAGGAGUGAAAAUGACAUAGUAUAAUUAUCAGUAACAAAUACUUUUCUGUAACUACAAGCAGAGCAUCCAGAAAGUGAUAAGUGAGGUCCAGAAGAACCUGGCUCUUGUAUAUUUGGACACAAUCUCUGAAUAGGGUCUGUCAGCUCUGCCUCCUGCCCAAAGUGUUUUUCUUAGUGGCAGUCCUGUGCUGGGGCUCCUGGAGUAGACAGAGCCAUGGCAGCCCCAGUCGGUGCCCUUGGCCAGAGUACAGCUUCAUGAGCAGCCCAAAUGGGAGAUGGAUGUUUUCGUAGGCUUUGGCCAAGGCAUUUUCUGUGGCUUUUUAUGAUCCUGUUUAUUUGUCUGACUUUUCCUGCUCUGACAGAGAUGUGCCUUCUACUAAAACAGGUUCCUACCUCCCUGGGGUCUCUGGUUGACUAUGUCUAGCACACAGACAGUCACUAAUGAAUCCAUCUGCUCCUAAGAAGUAGAAAGUGUAUUUUUUGAACCGUCUAUCUCAAAGCAAAAAGUCUUCCUAUCUUCAACAAUUCUGAGCAUGUUUGGAUUUAGACUUUAGGCCCAUGAACUUAAAUCAUAUUUAUCAUAAGUCAAAGAGGAUACUAUCCUGGGUUUACAGCAUAGUCAUUCAACACCACCAAGCCCUGUUAUGUGACAGGCAGAAUCAUCAUUGUUGAGAGCAGAGACAGAAGAGAUCUUGUCCUUGCCAUCCUGAGAAGUGUACAAACCAGAAGAAAACAGUGUUGGAAAUAAACUCCUUUUUUUAAGUGA